CGGCCCCAGGCAUCAUGAGGCAUCAUGAGGCAUGCAUGCAGGUCUGCCACAGUGCUAAUGACAGCCAGUCAGAUCCAGUACAUGGCAGUUGCAACUGAGUAUGGUAAACUUUGUCUGACACACCUCCACUUUGACUAGACUAAAUGUAUGGUGCCAUUGGCCGACUUGCAUGCUGUUUAUUACCACGCCACGUACCUAGACUACCUGUAUAUUGUACAGCGUCACCAUAAUUUAAGUUAAGAAGCAAGCUCGGAAUGGACGCAAUUUUUGGGCUCUAGAAGAUGCGCAAAUUAAAGUAAUUUUUGCCAUUGAAAUUACGAUAACUACAUGUAGAUUAGUCCUUGGCCCUUUUUGAGCAUCCACUUUAUGGUUUCUAUAGAGAACAAUGGAAGUUUAUCUGGACACAAAAUUAAUAAAUAGUGCAUGGUUUUGAUCUUUCACCACAUCUCCUAGGAAACAAACUCCUCAAGUUACAUAUAGUAUACGGAGCUUGAGCUGACACAAUAUUACACUUAAUAAUUAAUGGCAUUUCUUGGAUUUCUGGUUAGACUAAGGAAGUAUCUAUUUAUAGUGUACAGUACAGUAUCAUCCACUAGAUAUCUAUAUAUAAUAGCUGCAAGCUCAUGCAGUCAGUUGUCUAUAACUGAACUGUUGCUUUCAAUAUCAUAAAAAGAAAGGAUCAAAAGAAGAAUGAAGAAUCAAGCUUUGUUAAUGUGUCUGCUUGCUGUGACAACUACUUAUGUAGUGGAGUGCUUACCAAUUGAAACUGAAGAUGUGAGAGAAAGUAAUGAAAUGGCUGAAGAAAGGACAAUUGUUUAUGACCCAACUGUAGACACUGAUUUCACAAUAAAAGUUGGAGAUAUAACUUACUUCACAAAAAACUACCGAGAGCUAUUGAAUGAGAAGCUGAGUUACAAAGAGUCCUCGCAGGGAAAACAAAAGAGAGCCGUUGUCAAGCCCAAGAGUUGGCAAUGGCCCAACUGUGUCAUUCCUUACAUUAUAGAUGAAUUCUAUUCUGAGAAACAACAGCGUGUCGUAACCGAGGCAUUGGCGCAUUGGGAGGAGCACACCUGCGUACGCUUUAGGAAGAGGACAACUGAAGAUAAUUACAUCUUCAUCUAUCCUGGUCCAGGGUGUGGAUCAUAUGUUGGCAGAACAUCCAAUCAACAGAGGGUUUCGAUUGGCCCGUCUUGCUUCUCAUUUAGUAGUGCAGUGCAUGAGCUUGGACAUGUUAUCGGAUUCUACCACGAGCACAACAGGCCUGACGAGUACAUCGAUAUAUUCGAGAAUAAUCUUAAACCGGGGAGGAGUGUACUCUCACAGUUCACAAAACUCAGUCUUGAUGAAGUGGAUUUACUUGGAGUUGGAUACGACUACAACAGUAUUAUGCAUUACGAUAAAAACUCUUUUGCACACAGUUCUCAUCUGGAUACGAUAGUUGCACUUGAUCCAAGUAUACCAAUUGGAGAAGCCCAUACUUUGAGUUCUCUGGAUAUCUUUAGAGCCAACCUCUUCUGUAAAUGCUCAAAUUCUACUGAAGACCACCCCCCACGAACGACCUUUGUGCCAGAUGAGAUAGUGCCCGAGCCAACCCUUCCACCUCAUGAGUUUGCAUGUGGCAGUGUCUUCGAUGGUGUCUCGAGUGGCUCCUUCAGCUCACCAGACUAUGGCGUCUACUCACACGAUACUGACUGCGAGUGGACAAUCAGAGUUGAAGAGGGGUAUCGAAUAAGGUUCACAGUAGAACUGGAUAUGGACUACAACCGAGGCUGUGUAAAUGAUUACUUACAUAUUCACGAGAACUUUAACCGAAAUGGAUACGGUAUCGGAAAGUAUUGUCAAUCAUCGGAUCGAAUUAUCAACACCUAUACGACUACCAAUAUUGCGUACAUUCGAUUCCACACUGAUAGCUCAAAUCAGAGGACUGGCUUGAAAGGAUUCAAUUUAAGAUUUGAGUCUGAAGAUUUCGAUGAGUGUGCGUAUGGUGCAUACUGUUCUCACAACUGUACAAACUUUCCUGGAUCAUAUGAAUGUCACUGCCCUAAAGGAUUCUUCUUAUCCAGUGACCACAAGCAAUGUUUUGAUGUGAAUGAAUGUGCCCUGGACAAAGGGGGCUGUGAUCACAAGUGUAUAAAUAAAGGCGGCUCUUUCCACUGUGUGUGUGAGGAUGGCUACAGGCUACUCUCUGAUGGGAAAACAUGUGUUGUAGAUGGUGAUGGAACCAUGGACCCUUGUUUGAUUGCCAAAUGCGAGCAUUCCUGUGUAGUUGUCCCUGGUGACGUUCUUACGGCCAGAUGUUUAUGCCCUAAGGGGUACGACCUCUCAUCAGACAGGGUGUCUUGUGAUGAGGAGAACGAGUGCCUCACAAGAAAUGGAGGCUGUCAACAUUUCUGCACAAAUAUUCCAGGGUCGUACGAAUGCAGCUGUAUCAAGGGGUACAAAUUGGCAGAUAAUGGAUUUGCUUGUGAAGAUGCUGAUGAUAUCGUUGACCCUUGUUUGAUUGCCAAUUGUGAGCAUUCCUGUGAGGUUGUCCCUGGUGACGUUGAUACGGCGAGAUGUUUAUGCCCUAAGGGGUACGACCUCUCAUCUAACAGGGUGUCUUGUGAUGAGGUGAAUGAGUGCCUCACAAGAAAUGGAGGCUGUCAAGAUUUGUGCACAAAUGUUCCAGGGUCGUACGAAUGCAGCUGUUCCAAGGGAUACAAAUUGGCAGAUAAUGGACUUACUUGUGAAGAUGAUACCGUGGACCCUUGUUUGAUUGCCAAUUGUGAGCAUUCCUGUGAGGUUGUCCCUGGUGACGUUGAUACGGCGAGAUGUUUAUGCCCUAAGGGGUACGACCUCUCAUCUAACAGGGUGUCUUGUGAUGAGGUGAAUGAGUGCCUCACAAGAAAUGGAGGCUGUCAAGAUUUGUGCACAAACGUUCCAGGGUCGUACGAAUGCAACUGUUCCAAGGGAUACAAAUUGGCAGAUAAUGGACUUACUUGCGAAGAUAUCGAUGAGUGUGCAGACAACAACGGUGGAUGUUCUGGUCACUGUACAGAUUCUGACGGAUCAUAUCAAUGCUUUUGUGAUAGCGAAUCCACUCUUCAACCGGACGGACAUUCUUGUACUCUCGAUAAAAUUGAGUUUGUAAUUGAGCCUGAAACGAUUGUAAUUGAGACUACUAUAGAAGACAUCGUUGAUCCUAAAACUAUCUUGUUGUGUGGAGGAUUGUCAACUGCUGCCGCUGGUAGCAUCCAAACCCCAUCCUGGCCCAAGACCUACCCUGUAAAUUUCGAGUGUCAAUGGGACAUCCAGGUGCCAUCGACAGACUGCAAUGUUGAAUUGAGCUUCGAUAUUAAUGCAUUUGGAAUAGCAGGAAAAUCUUCACAAAAUUGCCCCAAAGAUUACCUGAAAAUAUACGAGAAAUUGAAUUACACCAUUUGUGACCUUGCUAGACCUUCUCCCAUCACUACAACAGGCAAUACCAGACUAUACUUCUUUGCUGGACCAAAGCACGGCCCUAAGCGUAAGGGAUUCAGGAUUGAGUACACGAUAGUCUGUCCAACCACUCCCCCGCCCACCACCAGGCCAACUACAGUAGCCACGGUAACACCAGGUCCAACUAUUAGACCUACCACUCGUCCUACCACGACUACACCUCCAACCACCCUCGCCCCAACUACGCUACCACCACCCACUCCGAAUUGCCCUGUUUUACCAUCCAACCCUCCGGGAAAGUUCGCUUGUGGUGGAUUCAUGAACGUUAAUGACACGUUCGGACCAACUAAUUUGCCCUUAGGCCCUAUCCUCCCUGGCACCAUAAAUCCUGAAUGCAAUUGGAUAAUUUUCGGUGCUGGAACAUUCAAAGUCAUGUUCACUUAUUUCGAUAUUCCCAGCAGUGAGCAAUGUUUGUCUAAUUCUGUUUCGGUGUAUGAUGGAUUUGGAACUAGUGCUCCAUUGAUUGAGAAGAUGUGUGGGGAGAAGUGUGGCGAGUACACAGUCACAGGGACAGGAAGUAUCUUGACCGUGACUCUACGGGUGUCUUCCCCAGGAUCGUUCAGAGGAUUCUAUGCACAAUUUAAACAAAUUUAACUGAUUCAAAAAUAAUUGAUCUUCACAUUGUAUUUUAAUCCAUAAUCUUUUACUGUGAAUCGAAACAUUUUCGAAUUCGUUAUACUGCUGUAUAAUUACAUGUACAUAUACUUGUCUAAUUAAA